GGGGUGUGAUCAUUAAGUCGAUUCUCGUUAGCCCACUUUGUAGUACGUAUACGAGGGCCCCCGAUUCUUUUCAGUUUUCAUAAUCGAUAGAUCAUUUGCAGUAGGCAAGGCCGGGUACAUUACUUCAGUUAGAAGAAUCGAUCAUAUCGCCAUGUCGUUCCCACUUCUUCUUCUUCUUCUUCUCGGAUUGUCUCUAAUUUUGCUCUCACCAGGUGAUUUUGUGAUUGAAGCGGAAUGCCGCAUCGGCAUAAACUAUGGGCAGGUCGGCAACAAUUUGCCUGCGCCGGAGAAAGUGCUGCAACUGUUGCAGUCUCUGAAGAUGGAGAGGGCCAGAAUCUACGACACCAACCCUCGCAUCCUCACCGCUUUCGCCCACUCCAACGUCCAGCUCAUCGUCACCCUCGAGAACGAAAUGCUCCCCCUCCUCGGCGCCGCCGAUCCCCAGCCCGCCCUCCAGUGGGUCGCCUCCCGCAUCCUCCCUUACAUCCCCGCCACCAACAUCACCGGCAUCGCCGUCGGUAACGAGGUCCUCACAUACGGCGGCGCCGCCCUCCCCUACCUCGUCCCCGCCAUGCUCAACAUCCGCGCGGCCCUCGCCCUGCACGGCGGCCUCCACCGCACAAUCCACGUCUCCUCCCCUUGCUCCGCCGCCGUCCUCUCCAGUUCCUUCCCGCCCUCCGCCGGCAGCUUCCUCCCGGAGCUCGGCGGCGUCAUGCAGCAGUUCUUGCAGUUCCUGGCGGAGACCAACUCGCCCUUCUGGAUCAACGCCUACCCUUACUUCGCCUACAAGGACGACAGCCGCAUGAUCUCGCUGGACUACAUCCUGUUCAACCCCAACGGCGGCACCGUUGACCCGCUGACCGGGCUGCACUACGACAACAUGCUGUACGCCCAAGUGGACGCCGUGAUCUUCGCCAUUUACCGGAUGGGGUUCGGCGGCGUGGAGGUGAGGGUGUCCGAGACGGGGUGGCCGUCCAAGGGUGGGCCCGAGGAGAGCGGGGCGACGCCGGAGAACGCGGCCAUUUACAACCAGAACCUGAUGAGGCGGCAGGCGGCAGAUGAAGGGACGCCGCUGAGGCCGAACGUGAGAUUGGAAGUGUACGUGUUCGCGCUGUUCAAUGAAGAUAUGAAGCCGGGGCCCGCAUCGGAGAGAAACUAUGGUCUCUUCCGCCCCGACGGGACUAUGGCUUAUAACGUUGUUGGCAUUGGUCCGAGGACGACGGCGACGUCACAACCCAAUGCGGCUGAAAGUAAUUAUUACCCUCCCUUCACCUCCACUCCACCAAACACUACAUUUUCUUCUGCAACUCAUCUGGUGAAGCGAUUAGAGUAUCAAAGCUUGUGUUGUUGGAUGUUUGUAUACGUGGUAAUCAGCUGGCCGCGUCAUAGGUUGCUAUCAUGACUAGUUUAAGCUAUAUAUGAUCGAGCCAAUAUGUUAUGUACUAUAUGCAUGUUUGGGCUAGCAGUCCACACCACUCCAGCUCGACACGAAUAUUUGCUGGCUGGCAGGCAGGCCAAACAUAUUAUAUCAUUCAACUUCAAUAUCGUAGCAGAUCAAAAAAUAAAUCGGAUCGUGAUUAUGUAGCAAAUUAUUAAAUUUAUUAAUUAUCCGAUUGUAUAUUAGGAAUUAUAUGUAAAUGUAUACUAGCUAUUGGUGUUUUGUUAUAAAUUCAUUGUUAUAUAAUAUGUAAUGAGAAACUAGUGUGAGAAGAUUAUUUAACUUAUAAAAGUGUGAAAG